CUGGUGGGUAAAGCUACCAAAAAAAAUAAGAAAAAAGAACUCUUCUCUAUAUGCGGAGGCAAGCGACGCAUCUUAAGGAUGCGUCCAGCAUUUUAUUUCCUUCGAAACUAGCCAGUACUCGAGCCAAGACCAUACGAGAUAUACCUUCAUGCUGCUGGAAUUCUCAUAUACAAGCCAUGUUGCGCGCCAUUGACAUGCCGCGGUCGUCGGUAACAACAACAACAACACAACAGCAGCAAUCCUGUCGUCGACGAUCUGUACCUUUACGGAGGCAGUACUAUAACCAAACAAUAACAACACAACAGACGCGUCGAUUCGCGACGGCCGCUCUUUCUACACGCGAAUUACAGCAACAACAACAAAGAGUAUGUAGUACAACAACGUCAGGAGGAGAAAAAGGUGGUCGUCGACGAGAUUUAGCACCACAACCAGCCGACCUUCAAGGUCCAUUUUCAGUAUUCAAUCUGAGCCAUCAUGUCGAUUUCGCUGAUCUUGAACGGACAAUACGAUCAAAACAAGCCGAAAGCGCGUGGUCACUGUUUACAACACUGGCGUCACGACGACAAGACAACAAGGAAGAAGAUGACAACCCGCAAUCCCCUCGCUACAUUCCACUCCCACUCUGUUCGGCGCUCUACUCACUACUCACGUUUGCAAAGACGCUAUCCGUUUCAAGUAAAUCCGCUGCAUACCGACAAAAACAGAUUGACCAACUGUUACGGUACGUUGAAGAAGAAUUCGAAAUGCCACGGUCACAAUUCAUGACAGGCGCGCAAGUGAUACCCGUCCCAGGAUACAAAUUGUUAUUGCGCGCCUUACGGCGGAACAAUCGACGGACGGCAUGGGGAAUUUUCAGCGACAUGUCGGCUGGUGAGGCGGCCGAGAUACCCCGGACAUAUAUAUUGAAGCUCAUGGCAUUGGUGCAGGAUGAUUUCAAGGUGGAUAGUCAGGAACGCAGUCGGCGACUCGAGUUUAUUGCUGGAUUACAUGAGGGUCAGCUGGAUAGUCAAGGACGGGCAUUGACGGGUUUGGAGAUGUUGCAAGUGGCCAAGGUGUACUAUUUGUUUUCGACGGACGAUCCAAGAGCAGCGCAUGGCAUGAUGAUGCAGCUGGCCAAUGACAAUGGUGGCAUGUCCUCAAGUAUGCUUGCAGAACUUGUUUGGCGAGCUAUUGAAUUUAAUGCAUUGGGUCCGGCUUGGGAACUUUUGCAUAGUGUGUCGAAACGACGAAAAGAGAAAGCACGCGAUAAUGCGGUGGCGGUGGCUACUACUGCUUCUACGGACUGGAACGACGAGCAAGCCUAUGUCAGCUUGAUCCAUGCAUACAGGAACAGGAAGCAGUACAACAGGGCGUUGGAGAUGUUUGAGCGGAUACUGCAGGACGGAAAACCGCCGAGUACAUGGGCCUUCAAUGCGGCAUUACAAGUGUUUGCAGAACAAGGCGAAACCGACAAGGCCGUGUUCAUGUACAACUCCAUGAUCCAACUAGGCGUGAUGCCGGACGUGGCGACGCUGUCGGAAAUCAUCAAAGUGCACACCGUGGCCGGUGAUCUCCGGACAGCCCUGGACUACUACCACACCAUGCGCGAAAAAUUCUCGAUCCAGCCCAACGCAUACACAUACAGCUUGAUCAUUGAAGCCUUUUCAAACCGAAACGAUGUGCGCAGCGUCAUCCGAUGGUUCCAGUCCAUGGUACGCCAUGGCGUUGCACCAAACCGUGUUGUGAUUGGCAAUGUCAUGAAAGCGUUUAAGCAGCAAUCGAGACGUCAUCCAAACCUAGGCGAAGCGGUCAUGCGGAUAGCAGCACAUGCUUCAGCUGCUGGCAUUUCGGCCGACGCAAAUUUGUACACACUGCUGCUCCAAGCUCAGGCACAGCUCAAUGGUCUUGGUGGUGCAUUGGCCACGCAUCGCGAAAUGGUCGAUCGGCUCGUGGAACCCAAUGUGUACACUUACACGGUGCUUAUAUCUGUAUGUGGGAAAUAUGAUGCGCCGGAUGCGGCGCAGCGGAUUUUCGAAUUGAUGAAGCAAAGUCGCGUAUAUCUCCCGAAUACCUAUACCUAUUGUGUCAUGAUGGACGUGUGGUCAAGAGCUCGGCGUUAUGACUUGUUAAAUGAUCUGGUGCGUGAAUUCGUGACUGAAAGCAAUGCCAACGAGGACGGUAGACUUAUAAUAGAUGCAAAAGUAAAAGGAUAUAUCCAAUUAUAUACUUAAUAUAUGUUCUUUAUUUCUUGUUAACAUCUCCAUGUAACUGUAAAUAUAAUUUCAUCCGCU